CUGUGAAAAUUUUUAAUUGUAAAUAAAAAAGUCUAGUGACAAUUUGUUGAAAAACUACGUAAAGCGGUGAAUUGCAAUUUGGCGGUCAAGAACGUAAUAUGUGCAAUGCAAUUAAAUGCCAGUAAAGUGGUACUUGAAAAUGCAAACCUGUGUUCUGCGAAAAGGACCAAGAAAAAUUUGAAAAGCGAACAUAAAACGAAGACGCAAUCUCGUUGAGGGGGCGCAGUGCAAAUUUCAACAGAACAAUGCAAAGAGGACGGAAAAAACGCAGUGAAAAGUAAAGCGGACGGAAAAUUUUCAAUUCUCCAAAAACUGCUCAUUUAAAAAUAAGCUAUAAAAGUGAUAAGUGUAGUAAAUGCAAAUAAAUGAAAAAUUACGUUGUGAAUUAAUGAAGAUUUAAGAGUUUUUUAAAUUGUGUAUGAAAUGUAAUUUGCUACAAAAUUUCCCACACGCGCACACAAUCAAACGCACACACGCGCGGAGACCGCACAAAAUCUCAAACAAAAAGGAAAUCAAUAAACGCAGAAGCGGACCGUAGUAGUAGAAGCACAAGUGGAAGUGGAAUUUAAGAAUAACCAAGAGCAAACGGCGAAGGUGAAUAGAGUGCGCGAAAGUCGGAAAGAAAAAACGAAACGUAAUAAAAUGAUGUGAAAAUGCGGGACAUUAAAAAAUUUCAGCGUGGAGGCUGAGAGCUAUUAGAAACUCUUCACUGAUUAACGAGAAAAUUAAGAGACGCACUAAAGGACCUUAAUGAGUGUGUGGUUGGUGACUGUGAUAGCACUUGGCAGUAAUAUUUGCAAAAUAAUUAACUAUAAAAAUCAAACUUCGUUUUCAAUAGAAAGCGCAGCAAUUAUAAAGUACAAUUUGACAAAGGAAUGGAAAUGGCCAGUAGUGCCGCAAAUGGGUCCGGCAGCACAACUUCUCGUAGUGGUGUCGUGGGCAAUACUUUGCCUUCUCUCUUUGUCAGUGAUCAUAACGGCGGCGGCUCAUUGGUUAGUGGAAAGGACUUGGAUGGUUUAAUAGCUAUGAACGAUAGCGCUCUUUCGCAACAAAUCGAAUUUAUAUUGCAAGAAGCUCCCAUGGAGCAUGACGAAGAUGAUGUUCACGAUCAUAUGGGGGAUGAUGGUGCUGCGACGAUAGAAACCACUAAUAGCCGCAAUACGAACCCUACCAUUAAAAUACAAAACCCACCGAAUAUAAUAGUAACAAGCGCUUCCGAUUUUCCAAGAGCCCAUGUAGUCAGCAACGCUGCUGCGACUAUUGCGUCAGCACAAACAAUGGCGCAACAUCAUCUUCUGAAUGGCCGUCGUAUUAUAAUACAAACAACGCAGGCUCCAAAUAUGGUUAAAGAAGAAGAAGCGGAUCCCGAGUUAAAUGAUGAAAAUUUGCAAGACAUUGAAGAAGAGGAGCAAGCAUCUGAAGCUGAAGAUAAUCAAUUGCAACUCCAACAUACUGAUAUUAAAAUGGAGCAAGAAGAAAAUGUCGAACAAGAGUUUAUUAGGACUGGUAUAAAUUAUAUAAGUACACCUACAAUCACGGCACACCAUUCACAACUAACUGGCGGGCAGACACAGCAAAUAGUAUUGCCGGCCGGCUCAAUAGUAGGUACAACAACAGGUCGCACUCUAACGGUGCCAGUCUCGGAGGCAUUGGCUCAUUUGCAACGCCGGCCUGUAUAUAUCAGUAAUGCUAUGGGCGGUAUGACCGGUGCAACAUUUGUGCGCAUGCCGGCUGUAAUAAGUCGCAGUCCAAUGACUGUUUUGAAUGUGGUGCAACAAGGUGUACCGGGCAGUGGUCCUACACAGCUCAUUUUGCAGGCAACUCCUGUUUCUACCACUGGAACACCAAUGACAGUGGUGACAUCUAGUACAUCAGCGCCGGCAACGGUGCCAUCAAUUCCAACAGCUACAGCUGGAAGCGCAGAAGUAGCUGUAGCCACACCACCGCCCGCAAUAAUGCCGGCGUUAACACCAGUCUCAACACAAUCUUCAUCUCCCUCAACAUCAUCGUCAUCACCAUUAUCAUCUUCUGGCCAUUUAGCGUCUUCCACAGUGGUAGCUAAAAAUACUGCUGCUGCUGCGUCAUCAGCAGUUAAAAGUAAUGCUUCCCACUCGACGUCAAAUGGUAGUGGGAAUAAAAACACGACCACCAACAACAAUCCAUUAACCUAUCAAUGUCUUGAGUGUGUAGAAGAAUUUGAGUCCAAGGAACUAUUUGACAUUCACCGAUCGGGUCACGCAAACAAUAUGAAAUGUGCUAUAUGCAAUAUGGUUCUAAAGUCGCUCAAAAACUAUGAGAAACAUUGUCUGCGCUGCAAGCCGUACGAAUGUCAGAUAUGUGGACGUGUUGUACGUUUUAGGCCCAAUUUCAUCAAACACAUGCGUGUACAUACGGGUCAGCAGUCCGAACGCCACAAAUAUAAAUGCGAUGUGUGUCACAAAGAAUUUAUGAGUUUCGAGUAUUUUAAAGUGCACAAAAAGAUUCACAAUGAAAAUGUGAAUUUAACAUGCGAGAUUUGUGGAAAAGUAUUUAGCGCUUUGGCGUCACUGCGUGGCCACUCCAAAUUACAUUCAGGCGUUAAAUUGCACAAAUGCGACGUCUGUGGCAAAGGCUUUGGACAGCGUUACAAUUUGAAGAUACACGCUCGCACCCACACCGGUGAUUUUCCGUUCGAAUGUAAAGUGUGUAAGAAAAAGUUGCAUACACAGUCCUCCUUACAGACACAUAUGCAAGUGCAUCAGCGUGAUCAGACCUCACAAGUUUCAAAUACAAUAAAAUAUGAUAAAAACGCGGCCAACAAUGCAACGGCAGCGUCAUCGUCCACGAAUGCCACUAUUGUCAAAGUUGAACCCAAAUCGAGCGAUGAUGGACCGAGUACCAGUGGAAUGCAGCGCCAUUUGCAAAAACAAUUGCUUGAAGAUUUGGACGAUGACAACUCGGGAAUGAGCGAUAGCAUACAGGGUGUUGCUGACGGCAAUAACAGUCGUAUUGUUUCGACUUCUUCACUGGCUUCUGCCAGUCACAACUUGCAGACAACAACCGUUGAGGACUCUUCGAAUGAAUCAUCGGAUGCAUCGCAUGAACUAAAGCAACAACAAUUGCAGCAACAACCACUUUUGGUGACACCCACCCGUACCAUUGUAAUCAAGAAUUACAUGCAGAACGAACAAAACGUUGGACUGUCACAACCACAGUCGCAGCAUCAAACUCACGUAAUACAGAGCAGUAAUACAAGCUGCAAUAGUAAUACAUUGCAACAACAAUUGUUGCGAAAGACGCCAAUAAUACAUUCUACAGGUGGCGCGGGCACACUCUCCUCUGCUUUGGCGAGCGUGGUGCAACAAGUCGGCCCCUCUCCCUCGCCAACGCCUUCAUCUUCGUCGACAUCAUGUUCCUCGUCAGUGGUAGUAUCCAAAUCUGGGGCACCGCUCUCGCUCGCAUCUGCCGCUAUUGGCACUUCGACUAUACGAAGCACGCGCAACCAUCAGUCUCAAUUCAAUUCAUCGAUUUCUUCAUCGAGCAGCCACCACCGUGCGUUACAGCGCAAUAAUAACCACCGAAAUCACCAGAAUAGCCACCGACGUCGACAUCCGGCGCAUUUGGACGAUGAUGACGAUGACGACAUGGACGAUUUUGUCGAUUCGGCUCGUUCUCAUCAUCGAUCAUUGCGUGUGAAUGGUCAGCAUUUUGACGAUGACGACGACGAUGAGAAAUCCUCCCCGUCCUUGGCCACAACAGCCAUUAUCAAAGUUGAACCGAAUCUGUAUUCUUCAGGUUCGGGUGACAAUUCGAAUGAAAUGCUCAUCAAAGAAGAGGUAAUGUUUGAGGAUUCCGCAGCGCCUCAUUCGCCACACUCGCCGCCAAGUUCGAAAUUCCGCAUGUCGAACUUUGACAGCGACUUGGUUGAUCAUCAUGUCGAUUUAAAUCACUCGCUGCCGCCAUAUGGAAAUCUAUUUGAUCCGCAUUCCAUACCCGACACCAUUCCUGUGCAAUUGUAUCCGGACGAUGAUGAUGAUUUUCGCCUUGACCACAGCUCAUUGGGACCCUUGCACCAGACAUCAUCGUCCACUACCGAUGGAGAUUUUAUUAAAAAGGAAUGGGUCUAUGGCGCUGGGUCCAGUUACACAAUGAAUGGAAAAUUCGGUGACGAUAGCGAUGCACUUUGUGAUUCGGCGAAUUUCAUUUACGACUGAGCAGUAGCGCCGCACAUGGUGGUCUGAUCAACGUGAUGAUGGAAAUCGAAGAAUCGAACAGGGGACUUAAAAUCGAAAUUUAUACACAUACAUACGAGUACGAGUGCCGACCAGCGCAAGCAAUUAUCGAGUUGCGUACAACAAAUGCCAAUAUUAGCAAGUAUUUUUUGUCUGUAUUGUUAAACGAAAUUAAGCUAGAAACUCUUUAAGAAGUUUACAACAUUCAAAUAAUGGUAAAUUUUGUUAUUUUAGUGUUAGUACACUAAAGAAAUUAUGGAUGCGAUAUUUGAAAAGAAAGUUGAAUAAGUAAAUGCGCGCAAUGUAGGCAAUACAAUCAAUAGAUUAAUAUCAAAAUAUUAGAGUAGUGAGUGUAUAUAUGUAUUUGCUGAUUAGCGCGAUCUUGACUGAGCGACCAGAACAGCUGCUGCAGAAGGUAGCUUCUUCCAUGACACUCAAUUCACAAUAUCUUUAACACUAACUGCUAUCUCUAUUACCCUCUGUUUUAUUUCUUUUGGCAAGCACAAAUGAGUUUAAUUAUAGUAAUAAUAUGAAACCAUAAAUAUAACAUUGAUGUAGCUGUUAAGUGAACAAGUAAUUAAUGAUGCUCUAAAAUAGUUUAAAUGUAUAUAAUUAUUGCAUCGUUAAAUUAUUCUUGCUUGAUUUAAUAUUUUUUUUAAAUUUCAUUUUAAGUUCAUUGAUUUCACUUUAUGUGUGUUGUGAGUAAUACUCAGUGUAAGUGCAUAAAUUAACUAAAAAAACGACUAUUUUUUGAAAAAAUAAUACGAGUUUAUCGAUGUUUUUGAAAUUUCUUCUCUUAGUCUAGGUUGUUGCCCAAUGAAUGCAUGCGUCCUAAAGGGAAACCAAGUUCGAACAAAAUUUUUAACAUUUUUAAUAUUUCUAGUGUUUGUGUGUGCAUCGAGCAAAUGUACCGAAGAGUCCCAGUGUGAUUUCAGUUUCAAUAUGGCCAUUGUUAGUGUGCGAAAGUUGCGUCAACUUUUCCCCAAUAGUGCGCUACAACGGCUAUUUCUGCAUUAUUCAAAUAAUUUGAGGCUUAAAAGUGUAGCCAAGUGUGCAUUAAUUACCACUUUGCUUAACAUAGAUGAGAAUGUGAUUCUUUAUUUUUAUCUUGCGACGCAUCAAUGCAGAUUUUGACGCCACUUCUUUAGAAAAUUUUUGUGUCGGUGAUAAUAUUCCACAGGAUAGUGAAAUAUAUGUAUUUUAAAACUAUACAUUUAUUUUUAAAAGAUCUUUGUUCAUUUGUUACAAGUUAGUCUUGCUGUAUGGAUGUUCAGAUAAAGAUUUAUUCAACAUCUUCAUAGCUUUUACACUUUAACUCUUUUUACUAAUAAAUGACCCCAAAUCAUAUUACGGCUGAUUGGGCAUAAAUAAUUUAUAUUUAGAUACUAACACUUUUAUGCAUUUCAUGAUUUUAAUAUUAUUAUUAUUAUGCAUACAUACAUACACCUAUACCUAUUGCAUUGACAUUUCGGAAAUCCCCUAGAGGGAGUUGAAUGUUGAGUAUACAUAUAUAUUUUUUAAAUAUAAAUAAGUCUUCUCAUGUAGGGUUAAGGUGUGAAGAUGCAGGAAAUUGGAACAAAACACCAUAUCCAUUGACUUGAAACUGCAAUAAGAAGUAGUACACUAGCCAGCAAGGAGCUUCUAGCAACGAAAAUUUCCGAGCAGCUAUCCAAAGUUUUUCUUAUUCAGAAUAUUUCGGUAAACAUUCUUCAUUCUAAAUAUUUUUCAAGAGAAGCAAAAAACAAAAAAAGGGUAUCCAAAACCGGGAAGGGCUUUUUAAAAGUGGCAUGUAACUCCGUUGUUUUUGGUACUAACACUUUAAAAUUUUUAUUGAUGGUGUAUUUUAAUAUAUCCUACCAAAAUAUGUGAAGAACGCAGUUUCGAGAAAAGUGUUGGUUAAGGCCUCUAUCAAUUAAAAUAACGUAUGUAUUCAUGCAAAAUCAUGGAUCUCAGAAGUUUUUCUGGAACUCUUGCAAUUGCAAAAAAAUCGAAGCACACAUUUGCACUGGCCAUUUCAUUUUCAAUGUAAUUUGGUUUUAAAAACAUAUUUUCCAGUAGUUUUGCGACAACAUUUGCUCAAAUCUUGGAUUCGAUGUUUUUCUUUUUCUUUAUUAUUAUUUUUAAUGACAUCUAACCUCCCUUGUUUCAUCUUGCACGCCGUUGUACUCAAAAUAAAUAAU